CCACGUAUUAUCGUAUAUAUUCCAGUGUACCUAAGAAGUAGACCAAACGGAGAUAGUUACUUUGCAAACGUUUUUUUCCCAAAUGACUUUUUGGGGAAUAUGAAACAACGAUGACGGAGAUACUUUUCAACAAGAAAUUGCAAGUGCACGUGAAAUGUAAAGACUGCGAUGACCGGCGUUCAACAAUCCGAAUUAGUGUUGAACUUCAGUUCACUAGUAAUCCGAUUCAUAAAAAGGAUCUGGUCAUACGGCUGACCGAUGAUGUGGACCUGUACUUUCUGUACAACCUCACCAUAUCAGAGGAGGAUUUCCAAAGUUUGAAGGUGCAGCAGGGCCUCUUGGUGGAUUUCAGCUCCUUCCCCCAGAGGUUCAUUGACCUGUUGGAACAGUGUCUUAUCGAGCAGGACAAGGAGAGCCCAAGGUUCCUGCUACAGCUGUGCUGUUCCUCGUCCUCUCUUGACCAUGGCCCUGCGAGCCUCAACGUGGUGGAGACCAACCCCUUCAAGCAUCUGACGCACCUGUCUCUCAAGCUGCUCCAUGGCACCGACGUGGAGAUCAAGAAGUUUCUCGCCUCCUGCCUGGCCAACAUGAAGGAGGAGAAGCAGCUGUUGGAGCAAAGGCUGAAGAAGACUGAGGAGGAUUUGUCCAGGCAGUUGAGCUUCACCCAGCAGACUCUGGCGGAGAAGAGUAGAGAGCUGGACAAGUUGCGCUCCGAGUGGACGUCCCAGACCACCUCACUGUCCACCAAACACACACAGGAUCUUACGACAGAGCGCGAGAAGGCUCUCGAGACUCAGACGCGGCUGCAGCAGCAGAAUGAGCAGCUGCGGCGUGAGCUGGAGACUAUGCAUCAGCGCAGCACGGAGCAGCUUCAGAGCCGACUGGCCGAGCUGGACGCCUCCAGCCGCGACCUCACCGACCGGCGCUACCGCAACGAGGCCACCAUCCGGGACCUCAAGGCCAAACUCACCGGCGUAGAGGAGGAAUGCCAGCGGGCGAAGCAGCAGGUGUCAUCUCUGCGUCGUGAGAACGGCACACUGGACCAGGAGUGCCAUGCUAAGGAGCGCGAGCUCAACCAGCUGCACACGCGCGUCGCCGUGCUAGAGCAGGAGGUCAAGGACAAGGAGCAGCUGCUCGCGCGCACCAGGGACGUACUGGACGCCACGCAGCAGCAGAAGACGUCGGUGGAGGGCAAUGCGGAGAGCAAACAGCUGCAGAUUGGAAGGCUGGAGACCACAGUCAAAUCUCUGUCUGAGGAACUCAUUAAGGCGAACAGCAUCAUUAAGAAGCUGCAGGGCGAUGUGAAGAUGCUCGUGGGCAAGAUGAAGGUGAAGAACGCUGUGACGGUGUCUCAGGAGAAACUCGUGAAGGAGACUGCAGACAAGCUGCAGCAGACGCAGACGCAGCUGCAGGCUGCCCAGACGCAGCUCACACAGCGAGACGACGAGGUGAGUAAGCUGAAGGAGCAGCUGGACGCAACGGUGCAGAAGCUCGAUGAGAGCCGAGAGGUGCUGAAGACCAACGAGAACGUGAUCACGUGGCUCAACAAGCAGCUGAAUGAGAACCAGUUGUCACGGAAACAUGAGAGUCAGGGUGCGUUUGAGUCGCCUCCAGCCCUCUCUGCAGGAGCGGGUCUCAGGAUGGGUGGAGCCUCCAGUAACCUGCUUGAUGGCAGGAGUUUUCCCCCGUCUGUCCUGGGGUACCCCUCUUCCUCCCCGUCUGCCCUGGGGUACCCCUCCAUCUCCCCGUCAGGUCUGGGGUACCCCUCUACGUCUCCGUCUGCCCUGGGGUUCCCCGUGACCUCCACGUUAAACUCCAAACACUCCUUCCCCAGUGCAGGAGGCCGGACCGUAUUCGGCCUGCACAACCCUCAGGCCUCUGGACCCAAGGUCCAGUUUAACCCUAUGAGUGCCAAGCCUUCACUGUCUCCUGUGGAGAGGAGGGAUGGCAGUCCUCCAGUUACACGUGUGCCCCCCUCCAACAAAGAGAAUGAUGACCCUGUAGGUCUGGAUUCAAAGUACUUGGAGAGACGUGACGACAGCAUCCCACUCCGUGGGCUCCUAACCAACAUGAACAUGAACAAAGAAGUCCCCAAGCCAGCACUGAACAGGCCCAAGGCUGGAGGACUGUCCGUCUCCACUGCCCCCUCCGCUUACUUCCCAGGGUGACCUCUAGACGACCUUCUCAUGAACGGCUCCACCUUACCUGCACCACCCACACCCACAACAGGAUCAUGGGAUUCACACCGUGUGUGUGUGUGUGUGUGAGAGAGAGAGAGAGAGAGAACGAAAGACACACAAGCCAUGCAUUAACUUCAGCAAUAUUUUUUUAUCCAUGUUGUGCGUUUUGUUAUUUAUUAAACCAGUAUUUUUUUAUCAGCUCAAUCAUUUGCCAUCAAAUCAGUUUGCUGGGAUAUUUGUCUUUAGGAUUGGUUUGUUCAACAAAAUUGAUCGUGUGUUUGCGCGUGUGUGUGUUAGGACACAAGUGUGUGUGAAGAAUUAGAGCUAACAGCAGGCCAGACAGGUGCACCCUACAGCCAUCAAACACCAUUCGAGAAGUCUAGCAUGCUAAUGUCAGCCGCUAACUCAUAAAACCACUUAAACCGCAUUAGAGCAUGCUAAUGCUAUCCACAAACAGAAAAGCCUGUAGCGUGUUAACAUGCUAAUGCUAUCCACUUACUGUGAAAACCAGGGAUGACUUGAACACCUGUAGCUCAGGGGCCAAAUCGCAUGAUGCUAACGUGAGAGGCCUGCUUUGGUGUGUGUGCCAUCACUGUGCCAUGGGGUCCAAACGGGUCGUGGAUCCAUUUCAGACGCGGCUCCAGAGAGCUGCUCCCUGAUCUGUCCCCAAUGCCUGAACCGGAGCCGGCUGUCGUCAGGAGUGGCUCCCCUCCGCUGCAGUAAAGAUGUGAUGUGUGCCGCUCAGACAAGAUGGCAGCCGCCCCCUUCAGCGUAGUCAGGGUCAGAGCUCAGAGGAGCGACUAGCAGCAUCUGAACCACUGCUAGCUGGGUGACGUACACACCUGACCAUUUACUGGUGGGGGGGUGUACACCUGGCCGUUUACAUGAUGGGGUGACCUACACCUGACUGGUCGAUGCUGUUUAGACCGUCAAAGGAGACUCUAUCUUUAGAUGUAAUUCCUCAGAACAAUGUUGAAAGGGUGCAAGUCUACCUGAUUAUUUUUUGAUGGGUGCUGUUUGCUGUGUGUGAACUGUUUGUAUAUAUGUACGUACAAGGCAAAUGAAUGAACAUACUCUGUGUAUAUAUUUCUUUGUCAACAUUUUGUUGUCAAGUUGUGAAUGAAUAAAUCAUG